AGAAAAAUCAGAGGAGGUCGAAAAAUUUGUUUCAAGAGAGUGUUUUCAGUCCAUGGCGCAGCAUGUAAAUUGGGAAUGAAGGAUCAAAGACCCUUAUGAGACAUGAAAUAGAAAGCAUACAAGAGACAACGAUUUAAAGAAAACCUACAAUUUCAACAGCUUCACCAAACUUAUGUGAAAAUCGCACCAUCGCUUGUGUAUCUUAUUCGAUUGGGAAGAUCAUCAGUGUCAGAAACAAAGAGGUGAUCGAUCGAGUUCGUGGGCCUGGAAAUUUUACGUACACAUGGCGGAGAAAAAGCAGCUCAUCUUGGUGGUUGAAGGUACCGCCGCUCUGGGCCCUUACUGGCGCACCAUAAUCUCCGAUUAUCUUGAAAAAGUUAUCAGGUCCUUCUGUGAUACCGAGUCUUUGAAACCAUCUGGGUCUAUUGUUGAGCUGGCUCUUAUAAUAUUCAAUGGACAUGGAUCUUACAGCUCUUGCUUGGUACAACGGAGUGGCUGGACAAGAAAUGUUGAUUAUUUCUUUGAGUGGCUAUCAGCAAUACACUUCACUGGUGGUGGUUUUUGUGAUGCUGCAAUUGCAGAGGGACUUGGUGAAGCUUUAAUGAUGUUUCCUUCCCCAAAUGGGAGCCAAAAUCAACAUAAUCUGGGUAUUCAAAGGCAUUGCAUCCUUGUUGCUGCAAGUAACCCAUAUCCUUUGCCGACACCAGUUUAUCGACCACCAAUGCAGAAAAUGGAGCCAAGUGAUAAUAGCGAGGCACAGUCAGAAAGCCGUUUAUCAGAUGCUGAGACAGUGGCUAAAACAUUUGCUCAGCAGUGUUCCGUUUCUCUGUCAGUUAUAUGCCCGAAGCAGCUUCCAAAACUCAAAGCAGUCUAUAAUGCGGGAAAAAGGAACCCUUCAGCCGCUGAUCCAACCAUUGAUAUUGUGAAAAAUCCACAUUAUCUUGUGCUCAUCUCAGAAACUUUCAUGGAGGCUCGUGCUGCCUUAAAUCGAUCAGGAAUAACAAAUUUGCCUUCUCAGAGUCCUAUAAAAGUAGAUACAACUUCAGUUCCUCCAGUAUCAGGACCUCCUCAGACUUCAAUUCCAGCAGUAAAUGGAUCUUCAAUGAACCGGCAACCAGUUCCUGUAGGAAGCAUUCCUCCUGCAACUGUCAAAGUUGAGCCCACCACGGUUUCUUCAAUGGCACCAGCACCUGCACCUACACCAGCAUUUCAACAUGUUCCACCUGUUCCUCGUGCUACCUCUCAAGGAGUCCCAAGCUUGCAAACAUCGUCACCAUUAUCUGUCUCUCAAGAGAUGAUGUCAACUAAUGAUGGUGUGCAAGAUUUGAAACCUAAUGUCGGUGGUAUACAACAGCCAGUGCGUCCUGCUGGCCACAUUAACAUUCUUAACACUCUGUCACAAGCACGAUUAACGGCCGCCCUUGCUGGAGGAACAUCUAUGGGGCUACCAUCAAUUGCUGGAAAUCCUAUGGCCAUGCAUAUGUCCAAUAUGAUAUCUAGUGGAAUGCCAUCAACUGUACCUGUUGCUCAAAGUGUAAUAUCAUCUGGGCAAUCAGGUAUUACAUCAAUUGCUGGGUCUGGAACACUUUCGGGGACUGCACAGGUUGCACAGAGUACUGUACCAGGUUCUUUUAGUUCAGCCACUUCUAACAUGGCUGGGAGUUCAAGCCUUGGCGUAUCACAACCGUUGGGUAAUCUUCAAGGAAGUGUUGGUAUGGGUCAGUCCGUUCCUGGAAUGAGCCAAGGGAACCUUCCAGGACCGCAAAUGGUACAGAGUGGAAUGGGUAUGAAUCAGAAUAUGAUGAGUGGUGUGGGUCAAUCAGGUAUGCCUGGAGCUGGAACUGGGAGUGGAGCUGGAACUGGAACUGGAAGUGGAAAUGGGACAAUGAUGCCUACUCCUGGUAUGUCUCAGCAAGUACAAGGAAUGCAAUCUCUUGGUGUAAAUAACAAUACGGCAGCUAAUGUUGGUCUCCCACAACAGACAACAGGUGCACUGCAAUCAGCACAGUCAAAAUAUGUGAAAGUCUGGGAGGGGAACUUAUCCGGGCAGCGACAAGGCCAGCCUGUGUUUAUUACCAGAUUAGAAGGGUACAGGAGUGCAUCAGCUUCUGAAUCGCUUGCAGCUAAUUGGCCACCAACAAUGCAAAUAGUUCGGCUUAUAUCUCAAGAUCACAUGAAUAACAAGCAAUAUGUCGGAAAGGCAGAUUUCUUAGUUUUCCGAGCAAUGAAUCAGCAUGGAUUUCUUGGACAGCUGCAAGAAAAGAAGCUUUGUGCAGUGAUACAGUUGCCAUCACAGACACUUCUACUGUCUGUAUCUGAUAAAGCAUGCCGAUUGAUUGGAAUGCUUUUCCCUGGGGACAUGGUGGUGUUUAAGCCCCAAAUAUCCGGUCAGCAACAGCCACAACAACUUCAACCCCAACAGCACCCACAACUGCAACAACAACAGCAGCAGCAGCAGCAACUGCAGCACUUGCAACAACAGCAGCAGCAGCAAAUGCAACAACCGCCACAAGGAGGGUCAGCACCACCACCAGCGUUGCAGCAGCAGCAACAGCAGCAAAUGGUUGGAAACGGAAUGAAUCAAGGUUAUGUUCAAGGUCCAGGAGGGCGAACACAAUUGGGUCAAGUUUCUUCACAAGGGGCACAAAGCAUGUCCAGUGGGAGCUUUAUUAACUGAUAUAUCUAAACUCUGCACAAAGAAAUCCAAGAUGUAUGUGUAUUAUCAAAAAAUACAGAUUAUUAAGUAGAUAUAUCUAUGAAUUGAUGAGAUUAAACUUUAUGAAUUAAAUUAAUUAAAACCUAAAAGAACUGAUAUCCUA